UCAUAACACCCCACAGUAUCCCGCAUGAUCUCGCAAUCGUAACUGUUAAAUUGUUCUUUCGUAUUCGAGUUCGUCGCUCUGGCGCAAAAAACGCGCUCGUAAAACUUCAUUUAUUUAUAAAUUUUUUUUUAAACUCGCACAUGUAACACGUGUUAAUAUUUUUAAUUAACUUUAUUUAAUGCCAGUGAAAAAAUUAUUUUUUUUUAUCGUGUAAUAAAACAUUAUAAUCUUCAUGAUCUUCAGAAGAACGCCUCUAGCCUUUAGUAUAACUUGAGGAUUGAAAGGACUGCAGAUGAGUAAGCAGUUAAUUCGGUAGGAGGUGGCUAAUCCUAAAAAUCAUCAAUUAAACUGUCGGAUUGGUAAAAAAAGGAAACAUCAUGAAUUCAACGGAAUUCCUCCAAGAGACGUUAAACACGACUAACGACACACUUAAUUUUAAUUGCGGCACUGACUUACGGAUAGUUGCAGUCGUUCAUCAAGUAAUAUAUACCAUUGUUUGCGUGGUAGGAUUACUCGGCAAUACUCUAGUGAUCUACGUAGUGCUGCGAUUUUCCAAAAUGCAGACCGUGACAAAUAUGUACAUAGUAAAUUUAGCUAUUGCCGACGAAUGUUUUCUCAUCGGGAUACCAUUUUUAGUGACAACACUGAGCUUGAGAUACUGGCCGUUCGGAGAAAUAAUGUGCAAAGCGUACAUGACAACAACGAGCAUAAAUCAAUUCACCAGCAGUAUAUUUCUUUUCAUCAUGAGUGCGGAUCGGUAUAUUGCAGUUUGUCAUCCGAUCUCCGCAACUAAGAUGCGAACGCCAUUUAUCUCAAAGGUCGUCUCAAUGACAGCGUGGUUUACCAGCGCUCUGUUUAUGAUACCUGUGGUUCUGUACGCCAACGUCAAUGAAUUCGACAACGGGAUAAGCUGUAAUAUAUACUGGCCUGACAACAACAUCGAAAAUAAGACCCACGGAAAUCAAACGGGGCUGGAUGAACACCAAAUGCACGGUGGACAAACCACAUUUACACUCUACACAUUUUUUCUAACAUUUGCUGUUCCUCUGACGUUCAUCCUGGUCUUCUAUUUUUUGGUAAUUAAAAAACUCCGGACAGUCGGUCCAAAAAAUAGAUCCAAGGAGAAAAAACGCUCGCAUAAAAAAGUAACUAAGCUUGUAUUGACUGUUAUAACUGUUUAUGUCCUUUGCUGGCUUCCUUAUUGGAUCACACAAGUAGCGCUGAUUUAUGAGCCGCCUAAACAGUGUCAAUCUUCGAUAAGCAUCACUGCCUUUCUUCUAGCAGGAUUUUUGAGCUACUCAAACAGCGCUAUGAAUCCAAUUCUUUACGCUUUUCUCAGUGACAAUUUCAAAAAGAGCUUCCUUAAAGCCUGCACUUGUGCAGCUGGCAAAGACGUAAACGCUACUUUGCACAAUGAAAACAGCGUUUUUCCGAAAAAAAAUAAAUCUGACCACGAUAGAUUCAAAUCGAGCAAAGCUAUCGCUUCUGCUAAUUCCAGAGCUAAACUUGAAGAGGAGGACGACGAGCGUGGGCUGCUUAUCAGCAAAACAUCAACAACUACAAUUACUAUGACUUCGAGGACAAAUAUCACGAUAAUAAGCGACUCCAAGGAGCAAAAGGGACUCAAAGCUUCGGGGCAAAAAGAUAAUUUGAGAAAUGGCGCACAACUUACGCUACUUACACAAGUUUAAGCAUAUCAAUUAUAAUAACUAGAAUUUCGUUCAAGUUGCAAGAGAUUUCCGGUCACUUUCUCCGUCUGUCUUUCUUUCUAUCCUUCGCUCCACUUAGUUUAUUAUUGCCAAGAGUUUGCCAGAGCUUCUCCAAUGAGACACCAAGUUUAGUUGGAUAAGCUCCGUAAAUUUAUCGAACGAGUCUCUCUACACGUAUUUAUAUACAGCACACACAUUUAUAUUACUAACAAUACAUCAAGGCUUGUACGUCAAAUCGCGACCCAAAUGCCAAAAGGGCGUAUAAAUUUUUUUUUUUUUUUCUUUUUUUACUAAUCGCUUUAUUAACACUUUCUAAGCCUAAAUAUAGAAAAAAAAUUUCCAAAGCCAAAAGGGCGUAUGUCUGGAAUUAUACGCCCUUUUAGCUUUAGGACAUUGAAAAUUUAGUGACCUAAAGCCAAAAGGGCGUAUAAUUUUUUUGCCGAUUGCUUUGAAUUAUAAGUUAUAUGUGACUAAUUUUUUUGCCCUCCGGGCGAAAAGUGACAACUUUCGGUCCACUGCGCUCAACAAAGUUGCCGCUUUUCGCUUAGAGGACAAAAAAAUAGUAUUCAGCCCUAGGAUGGGAAAGUUAGAAAUGUCUCAGAUCACACGUUAUAGUCAACCGAGGCGAAGCUAUUUCUAUUAAAUUACAAAUCGGUAUUUUUAAAGAUUAAUAUUAAAAUUUUAAUACAAAUUCUGUUUAUAAUUUUAAUUGAUAAAGAAAAAAAAAAAAAAACACCAGCUGAAAUGAAAAAAGUUUAUCAAGGUGCAAUGGUGAUUAUUAUGGCAAUCAUCCAUGGUUUACUUGAGGUUCUGAAAUUUAUUUCACUAUCAUUUAUAGUUCAUUGUUUGACAUUACAGUAAAAUAACAGACCAAUAAACAGUACAAUUUAAUCAUGUAAAGAUAUUAUUACAACAUUAACUUUACAUUAUUAAACUAUACUAUUUAUUGUUUAGUAAUUUUUUUUCACUAUUUAAUACUAACCUAUUUAACUUUCACGUAAUAGUA